AAGAAAUUCAUGAUUUUUACAUAAACAGUUAAGUGUUUCCAGAAUAGUCUUGAAUGUAUAUUUCAGUCAGGAUAUUUUGUUAAAUAAGUAAACGAGAGGGACAUUUCGGUGCAGUCAUCACAGCUAUUUUCUAACGGUUAGCAAGAUGGCAAAGAAAAAGCCUAAACCGAAAGUUUCGAAGCCACCAGUGGCAAGCCCUACGAGUAGCACAUUAUCAGUUCCUAAUAAGACUGAUAUUGAAGCAAUAGCCGCAGCCAUCUGCUCCGCAAACCAGGCUGUUUUCAUGAAAGUUUGCAGGCUGUGCGAGUCGAGAGAUGGGCCUUUCCUGAAUAUAUUCGAUGCGGACAAAGUUACUGCUAAGAAAAUUGAUGAAUUGAUGCCUUUUGGGAUUGCAGAAAAUGAUGAUCUGCCGCACAAAAUCUGCUUCCGCUGUUCAGCCAAAGUGGAGGAGUUGUAUGAAUUUAUUCAGAAAUGUAUUAAAACCCAACACAAUCUGAACACUACUAUGGGAAAGAAAGAACCCAUCUUAACCAAGACAAGAACCAGAACUAUAUGGGAGGAAAAAUUGAACAAAUCAAACAUGUCUAAUGACGACAUUUGUGAUGCGUUGAUUAAGAAGGCCAUGGAAGGUAUUAAAGACAUUCCUCUGAAUCCUAUACCGUUCGAAGACGAAAAGCCUGAACCACCUGCACCUGUUAAAAAGGUUUUCAAACCAAGAACUGAAUCACCAAAACCAGCGUUGGUUGAAACAAAAGCCAAUAAAUCAGAAGAUGUGAGUUCAAAACAAACAAAAUCAAGUCCUGAUAGUUGUGAGCAGAAAUUUAUACCAACUAGGUCAUCACGCUCCCAAAAAUCUGAUUGUUUGCUUGAUGGGUUACCAGAUUAUAAAAAGAAGAAGCCACCUAGUAAACAAAGUAAUGAAACAAAUGAUAAGCCUAAGGAAGAACCUCAAACAAAAAGAAAUACAGUGCAGAUUAGUUCUGAUGAAGAAAGCUCUGAUGACUCAGAUAAUAAUACAAAACCACCUCCAGUUAGCCAGCCUAAACCGGUCGAAGAACCACCUAAGCCUAAGCCAGCUGAAGAACCACCGAAACCAUUUAAUAUUAUGGACCAUGUCAGUAUGAUAAAAGUUAACGGUGUUGGAGUGCUAUUCCAGUGUAAGCUAUGUAACAGAAACUUCCUCAAAAAAGAUGUGGUUAUCACUCAUGGCUGUGCCAAGACAGGAGUUCCAAAAGUAGAUUUUACAAAACAUAUAAUCCAACCGGAACCACCAAAAAUUUCAACAGUUAAGUACAUUAAUACUAAAAUUGAUGGGGAACUAAAAAAGCCUAAUCCUGAUAAGUUGAAUACAACUAAAGCUGAAUCAGAUCCUAAACCUGUGCCUGAGAGCAAACCCAAGCCAAGAAUUGGCCCUGCCAGUAAAGUUAAGCGUAUUAAUAAUCAUGAUUCACUUAUUGGGAUGACUGUAGCUCCUAUCUCUGAUGAAUCAAAUAAUCUACCAAGAGAUCCCCAACCUAGGGCUCCAUCGCCUAGGGAGCCACCAGUCAAACAGAAAUCUAAGUCACCUCCAGAAACGCCAGCUGGCAUGCCAUCUGUAGAAUUUCCGACAGCUCCAAGUUUAAAUUCUCGAUACAAAUUAGUGCCAGGGCCAAAUAAUACUUUCCAAUUAGUAGAAGAAAAGACUGCCACCGGAAAUAAUACAGAGACUGAAUCUUCUAAAAAACGAAAAAGUGACGAUGUUACACCAGUUGAGAGUAAGAAAUCUAAGCAAGUAAGUGAAUCAUCCCGUAGACAAAAAACAAAUACUUCCGAUGUUAUCUCAUUAGAUGGCCCGUCACCACAAAUCUCUAAAAAGUCAGACGAGCAGCCAUAUCCAGUAGGGUUGUUCCAAACAAUGCCACAUCAUUCCAGUAUCUACCCAGCCGCAGCACCUCAACCGCCUACUUUUACUACUCCAGCUAUGAAAAAGCAGUCGUACACAAUAGUACAGACUGGCAAUCCAAGUAAAUUAUUAAUAUCCACAAAACCUCAGCCUCCGCCGCCUGAAGAAGUAUCUAAGAAGCGGCCAAGAAAAAAACAUGAAACUAGAACAGAUCCAGACCAGCCUUUUAAUGUCACUCUGGAAGACGCUGCUCAUCCAAAAGAUCAUGGAUUUUUUAAUUUCAUCAAUGUUGAUCCAUUGUUACAACCGUCGUAUGUUUUGCCCACAGAUAAUAUAAUUCAGGAAUCUCAAAUUUCUACUUCUAGCUCUGUUUUAAAAUCGGCAGCUGAUAAUGACAAGGAAAAGGGGAAAUAUUCGUGUAAUAUGUGUGGAGAUAACUUUACACGGGAAAAGAAAUUACUAGCACACAUACAAUCACACUACAAACAAAUGGACGAGGAGGAUAUGCAAAGAGAAAAAAAUAGUAAAAAACGUAGAAAGUGAUUGUAACGUUUCACUACUUUGCAGUGUGCAUUUAGAUAAGUUUAGAUGCAACAUAAUAAUAACAGUUAAUAUUACAAACAAUUUUGGUUAUAUUAGGAAAAAUUGAAUUUCUUUAAAGUAUAUUAUGUAAGUUAUAUUUUUUAUUAUUAAUGAUUAGAGCAGGAAUUAGGCAGACUUGUGAUAGCAUAGAGUAAAAUAUGAUUUAUGUACAAAUCUCGAAAAUAUGUAUAGGUAUUUUGAAUUUUACUUUGCUAUCACAAUUUUGCAUUCUUGCUUACUUUAUGAAUGUGUUAUUUUAAUAAUAUUAUGAGGAGUAUUUUUUCCUUAAUAGGCAUUAUUCUGUUGUCCUUCGGUUAAGUGAAAUAUGUUUCUGAGUAACUAGCAAACUGAGAAUUUGUUAAUGCAUUUAAACAAUUUAAAAGUAUAAUCUAUGUUUUUGUUUCAUUAAGAGAAUGUUUCUUAUAAUUUGUUUUUAAAAUGUUCAUUUGGUGGUUAAAAAACCUCUCUUGCUUUAUUUAUUCCUAUCAAUACUUCUAUUAAAUAUUCAUUAGACCACAUUAGGCAAAUUUAAAAUUGUUCAAUUGUGAGUGGAUAUAAAUUGGGAUAUAUCUAUUUUCUAUUAUAUUUUAAGCUUAAACUUUGUAAUGAAUGAUUACAUUUUGAUCUGAAUACAGGUUAUUUGUAUGUUCUUUAAAAUUUUCAAUUGAUCUAAGCCUAGGCGCAGACCACCAAUUUUUAGUUGGCCGAUAGUUGGGUCGGGCUGUUGAUCAGUAUGGAAAUGUAUGAAAGUGCGCACAUUAUGUACACCGAGUUGGUAUCGGCCGAUUCUUCAUACAAACUAGAAUCGGGCCCAACUAUCUGCCAACUAAAGUCGAUGGUUUGUGCCUUGGCUAAUACUAGAUAACUAAAGUUUUUAGAAUCUUAUUAAUAACCCUCCAUAAACGCUCACCAGUUGGCGCCACUGGGUUAUCAAUGGAGAAGUUUUGUCAAUCUCGACAACGCGCCAGGGGUGGUAAGCAUUGUUUUUGGAACUAGAACGGGUGGCCUGAAUCAAGGCACCGCCCUAUGUUUGAGUUCCACGCGAAAAUUUGUAGGUAAUUUAAAUAAUUUCUAGAAAUCUAGACGGAUUAAAAAAAAAAACUUGACCGUCUUUUUAGUUUUGGUCUAUAUUUUAAUCCCAUUCAGUGAAAUAUAAUGUUUUCAACAUCAGAGAACUUAUCCAUUACUCGUGGCUAAGACAGUGGCGCCAAUUAAUGAGCGCUUUAAUUUAUUUAUUGAUUAAAUUUCUAGAUAAUGGUCAAUUUCAUAUUUCAAUGGACAUGCAUAGAGAUCCUGUCUACGGUGUUAUUAUCUAGUGAUAAUUAUUUUAUUGCUACUUAAAAUUUAAGAGUUGUAUAUAAAUUAAAUGUGAAGUU